AUGGAUCGAAGUUGGAUGAAUCAUAAUGGUGUAAAGGAUAGAAAACAACCGAAGUACAUAGCUGGUGUAAAUGAAUUUCUACAGUUUGCUUUUAGGGGAAAAAGUGGUGAAACAAUGUUGAAAUGUCCUUGUCUUGAUUGUAGAUUGGUUAUGUCUCAAAAUCGUAAAAAUAUGCAAUGUCACUUACUAGUAUAUGGCAUUGAUCAAAGUUACAAACCAUGGGUGAGUCAUGGAGAAAGUGCAGAGAAAACUAAUAACAAUGAAGAUGGGUAUAGAGAGGAGGUUUCAGAUAAUGAUGAUGAGAUUGAUGAAAUGCCUUUUGAUGACAUGGCUCCAUUUGUUUUCGAUGCAACAAACGCGUGGAAUUCCAUAAACUCUACACCCGUCAAUGAAAAUGAGGGAACCACAAAUAUAGGAUUAAAUAGUGGCACUCAUGAAACUCCUAGGUUGCUCCAAAAAUUAAUGGAGGAUAUGGAGGCUGAUUUAUAUCCAGGUUGUAAGACGUUUAAGAGAUUGGAGUUUAUUAUGUCAUUGUUGCACAUUAAAGUUAGUAACAAGUGGAGUGAUAAGUCCUUUUCAAUGUUAUUGAAUGCUUUGCACAGGGCAUUUAAUUAUGAUAACAAUUUACCUUCAAGUUCCUAUAAAGCAAAAAAAUAUACAAAAGCGUUAGGGUUAGACUAUGCUAGGAUUGAUGCAUAUGUCAACCAUUGUGUUUUGUUUCGAAAGGAGUAUACUAAUGAAGUUAAAUGUCCUAAGUGUUUAGCCCCUACAUGGAAGCAGGAUGUAUCUCAAGAUGAUGAGAGUUCAUAUGAAGAUGAGGGUGCCAAGAGGAAAAUACGAGUACCUCAAUUAGUCUUGCGUCAUUUUCCACUUAUUCCAAGGCUCCAAAGAAUGUUUAUGUGCUCCAAGCUAGCAAUGCAUAUGAGAUGGCACAAGAAAAAGCAUUUUGGUGAUGAUGAUGAUGGGAUUAUGAGACACCCAAGAGAUUCGAAAUCGUGGAAGUCUUUAGAUGAGUUAUAUCCAGACUUUGUUGCGGAUGCACGUAAUGUACGCCUGGCUUUAGCUAGUGAUGGGUUUAAUCCUGCGGCGAACAUGAGUAGUAGAUAUAGCAUAUGGCUAGUGAUGUUAGUACCUUAUAAUUUACCUCCUUGGAUGUGCAUGAAAAGUGACAACAUGAUGUUAUCAUUAUUAAUUCCUAGCCCUAAAUCUCCUGGCAAUGACAUAGAUGUAUUUUUGCAACCUCUGAUAGAUGAAUUAAAGGAGCUAUGGGAGACUGGGGUACAAACUUUUGAUUCCCAUUCUAAGGAGACAUUUAAUAUGCGAGCAGUGCUAAUGUGGACAAUAAGUGAUUUUCCUGCAUAUGCCAAUCUUUCUGGCUGGAGCACUAAAGGAGCCAUGGCUUGUCCUAAUUGCCACAAAGAUACAAAUUCUGAAUGGUUGAAACAUGGACACAAAUGGUGUUAUAUGUGUCAUCGUGUAUUUUUAGAACCCGAUCACAAUUGGAGGCUUAAUAAGAGAUUCUUUAGUAAGAAAGUUGAAAGGCGCCCACCACCUAAUUCAUUGUCAGGGCAUGAUGCUUUGGAGCAGCUACAUGGAUACCCAAAUGUGGAGUUUGGAAAAGAUGAUAAAGGAAAACGGAAGAGAGGCGAAAGAUAUAUUGUUCACCAGUAG